CGUUUCUCUUGGAUCAUUAUGGCGGCAAACAGUGCGGAUAUCGAACAUAGAUUAGAAUCGCAAACAUGGAGUUUUUCCUUUUAAAAAGGAGAGAAAGGAGGCAUGAUGGUAGGACAGGAAAACGUAAUUAUAUUAACAUUUUGGUCCACUAAACGGGCCCUGAAUAUCUUUGGCAUGAAAAUGGCGCAAGCCUGGAACGAACCGAGUCACUCUGGGAGUGAAGACGAAGAAGACAGCGAGGAAACUCACCGGGACAAACGUUGUAAAUACGCCACCAACGAGAUGGUCUCCAAAUGGAGAGAAGACGAGACUGGGCGGCAGGUAUUUCUCCUACGGCACCUUGUGCGUGUGUGUUACUGUGGGAAGUUCCCGGACCGUCGGUAUCUCCUGAACACGUACGGACAGAACAUGGAAGGGUACGAGGUUCACUACGGCCACUGUAGCUGGCGGAAAUACACGGAGGGAGGGAAGAAGUUCUGGCUGAACAUGGCGCAAAGACCUUACAACGAGCCUUCUAGGUUAUCCGACGACGACUACGAAGGAGACGACGGCAUAGAAGUGCACACACACAGAAGGUGUAAAUACGCUACAAAUGAGAAGGUGUCAAAGUGGUCAGAAGAUGAAUAUGGCCAUAGGUCCUACACUAAAAAGCAUUUGGUUCGCGACUGCUACUGCGAAGAGUUCACCGACAGAGCCUACCUGCUCAACAAGAACGGUAAAGACGGAGAAGGAUACGAAAUCCACAAAACUCGAGGAGAAGUACUCCACUGUAAGUGGAGGAAAUACAGGAUGGGGAGAAAGAAGUGGGCGCUGGUGAGAAAGUGUACCUGCGCUCGGUACACAGAAGGGGAGGUGAGCGAGGUGAAUGAAACUUCGCGCAGGUAAAUUUAAUGGCCAAGCGGUGGCAGAGGAAAGUCAGCACACAGCAGCUGGUAAAAUUAUUCCGGUGUGACUUCAACAAGCUGCGAACACAAUUAAACUAUGGCGCUUUUUUCAUCGCUCUACAUGCGGCUAACAGAUAACACACAACAGGACUUUUUUGUUUAUCGAGUUCAGUAACAGAAACUUCUAUUUCGUGAAAUUGAUAGUGGAAAAUCCCUGUAACUUUGCCUUGCAUCAACAAGUGUCAUGUGCAAACGGACCAAUCAGAAACCUCCACAUGUGUGACGACCUAAGUAUGACAUAUUUGGUAAAAAUACAUCUUGCGGGGAUUUUUCUGUGUUUGCAAAUGUAUAAAAAGGGAGAAAAUUUGCCUCAAUCAAGACAAACAAAAGGACGUCAAGACGACCGAAAGCUCGCAUCGCAGAAAGAAGACCUGUACAAGAAAUAUGGGGAACGCAGAGUCCAACGAGACGAGCCCUCGGGACUACACCGACAGCAAGCCGAAGCCUAAAACCUACAACCCGCCACACCAACCGUACAACGAAACGUCUCGUCGAGGCAAACGUAGCCGCUACAGCAAGAAAACCUAGCGGAGGUCCGUCAUCAUGCGACAACCCACUUCCAUCCAGUCCUCGAGGACGCCUUAGAUCUGCACAACCCCACAAACUACAACGACGAGCGCCAUCCUUGUCUUCCACGUAUACCUUCCCAGAUUUCUCCCAACAACACGACCACCGCGCCGCCAACAACCACUUGUGAGCGCGCUACGGGCGUCUGGAGACACCACAGACAUUUGUCAUUUUCACGGGUCACUUUCCACGGCUCAACAUUGGACACUACAGACAGUUUUUGCCGUCCAGGGAGCAGCAUGAACUAACUAGUAUCAGGCCAGGUUCAGUUGAACAUUAUGCAUUACCGGAGUCGGAAACACCACCACAAGCAGAGAUCUUCCAACAAUUCGCUCUACAAUUGACUCUGACUUUCCUUACAAGAAGGUUCAAUCUCUAAUAUCUCAGACUUAUGUACAUUUAUUUCAAAUGUGAGCAACAUAGCUGUGCGAUAUUUAAAUUUAGUGCCUCUCUGCUUGAAGUUUAUCGUGUAUAGAACGAUGGGGUAGGGUUGUCGCUUGUUUCAAUAGACGGAUAGAGCUGUUGAUGAAAUGAGUGUGCUGUGACGGUAUUGCAAUUCCUAUCUUGUAUUUGGUACUUUGGCAUUGUUGUUAUGCUGUUUACAUACAUGGAAUAGAUACAGCACAAUGCAUACAAAGCUGAAUUUUCUGUAGAAUGUUUACCCUGUUCAUAUCUGUCCAACUAAUCAUUGAAAAUGCCUUUUUUGCAAAAGCUAUGAUGACCAACUCCAACCUAGUGCCUUAUUGUACUACAGUUGUAAAUGUUGCUACAAGCAAUUCAUGUAUUCAACAACCAAUGUUAGUCUACAGCGUGUGUUACACAUAAACAUUGGAGCUUUGAAUUGUGUUGAAAUAAAAGCAUUGUAACCACA